AUGAUCUACGCGUAAACUUACCCUACCUUGAGGUGUCGGUACGUGAUCUUUCAGCGCUUACUCAAUCGACAACAUUUGAAAGCAAUAUUUAAACAAGUAUAGAUACACUUUCACGCACAUCUUAAUGUUCAUGAAGUGAAGGCUGCUGAAUUUAAAGAUCUAGCGUGACGGAUGCAGCAACAGCAACAGCUGCGUGUUAAAGUUUGGCUUUGUGAAUAGGUUUGCUUGGAUGCUGGUUUUAUUUACAUGGACCAAGACACACUGGCUGAAACUUGAGGAUUUAAUCGAGCUGAGGAUGGCGGAUAUCAGGACAUAUAAUGUUGUUAUUUUGGGAAUAGGAUUUUUACUAAUUUUUACAGCCUUCACCACCUGUGGUAAUAUCGAACAAACAGUGGUGAAAAGCUUGAAUAGCACUAACUUCACUGGAAGCGGCUACCAUAGCCUUGGAAUAAUAUAUGGAGUUUUUUCAUUCUGUAAUGUGUUAGCCCCCAUUAUCGUUACAAUAAUUGGACCACAAUUUACCAUGUUCUUGAGUGGAGUUCUGUAUAGUGGUUAUAUAGCUGCAUUCAUCAUUCCAUCCACAUGGUCCUUUUAUUUCACAUCAGUAGUAAUUGGCAUUGGAGCAGCCAUGCUUUGGACAGCUCAAGGGCACUUUCUAGUGGAGAACUCUGAUGCUUCCACCAUCAACAGGAACACAGGAUUGUUUUGGGCUUUACUGCAGUGCAGUAUGUUGUUUGGAAAUCUAUACGUUUAUUUUGAUUGGAAAGGAAAAACUGAAAUUACAGAUAAAGACAGAAAGAUUAUGUUUACUGCUCUGCUGGUUAUCUCAGCACUCGGGACACUAAGUUUUCUUGCAUUGAGGAAGGUCUGUCAGCAGGAAGAGAUUCUCUCUGAAGAGGAGGGCCAGUAUCUGUUAUCGGCAAGACUGAAAUAUAAACAAAGAGCAACAUCUGCUGUGACGGAAACUAAAACACAGUUUAAGACGAUUUUGGAAAUCUUCAAAACAAAAACCAUUUUGUUAUUAAGUUUCUGCAUGGCAUACAGUGGUUUGGAGCUGUCGUUUUACAGUGGCGUUUAUGGAACCUGCAUUGGAGCUACGACACACUUUGGCGAUGUAGCAAAAGGCUUAAUUGGCAUUUCAGGCAUUGUGGUGGGAAUCGGAGAAAUAGUCGGGGGAGGAUUGUUCGGCCUUGUAUUGAAGAAUAACCGUUUCAGGCGCACUUCAGUUGUCUUCUUAGGGAUGGUUGUGCACUUUGUUGCCUUCUAUUUGAUAUUCCUCAACAUACCAGAUGAUGCACCUGUGGUUUUCCAAACAAGCUCACAACAUAAGCCAUAUUUGGUACCAAGCUUGUCCAUCGCCCUGCUGUGUAGCUUCUUACUGGGUCUUGGGGACAGCUGUUUCAAUACUCAGCUCUACAGCAUUCUGGGCCGGGCGUUUGCUGAGCAGAGUGCACCAGCCUUUGCUAUAUUCAAAUUCAUACAGUCUAUGUUUGCAGCUGUGGCGUUCUUCUACAGUGGUUAUAUUCUACUGACCUGGCAGCUCCUCGUGAUGGUCAUCAUGGGAUUCACAGGAACGUUGUGUUUUUUCAUGGUGGAGAGGAUGCAGAAUAUGUCAGCUGACAUACAGGAGUAUUAGGUUGGGAUCUUUCUCAGGAGACAUUUCAGUAAGUGUACUACUUGCACUAUUUGUUUGUUGUAAUUAAGAUGAAGUUGGUAGUAUAAAACACUACUCGGGAUUUAUGCGAAAGAGCUAUUGUUAUUGCAGGACUUUUGGAACCUUAAAAAUACAGAUUUUUUUAUUUACAUGCUAUGAUAGAAAAUUGUUAGCUGGAAUUGCAUUACGAUUUAGUAUUGUAUUACUUAAAAAUGAUAUUUCAAUAUUUUAAAGGUGCACUCUUAUGUUGUGUUGACUGACGUGGCAGUGUUCUUAUACUGAUACCUAGUGGCGUAGUUGCAGUAUUACAUAAACGCAAAGGGUCUUGAAUCUCACUGAUUCUGUUGUAGAAAUUCACUUGACUUAGUUAUUUUGUGAGCGAAGGUGUCGGAUAACAGCUGAGUUAGCAAGAUAAAACUAGUAUUCCACAGGUCAUGUGAUCAUUGGACCUGCUCCAUGUAAAAUAUAACAGAUUUUUAUUACGUAUUAGCAUCUCUUUAUGUGUACUAUGUGUUAAACAAAUACAUAAUGAGGACAAAUACUGAGUGCACCUUUAAAUUUCAUGUAAAAUGAUGUUGGUGACGAUCAGAUGAUGGCUCGGUAAUUAACCUCUAAAUUCAUAUACAUAUACACCAGUAUACACCAUGCAACUUAUAGUCAAAAUUUUGUUAUCAUUAAGAUGUUUAUGUUUUUGAAAGAAGUCUGAAUUGUCUACACACAGUGGAGCUGUAUCAUUUCAGUUAAGAAAGCAUUUCUCUCAGGGUCCUGCUAUAUAACUGUGAUUUUUAUAGGAUCUGUAACUCUAAAAGGCUAAAGACAUGUCAAUUUCGCUUUAAGUUUUCUUUUCUAAAAUGAUUUUAUACUUUAUAUACACUCUGUGUUCUUUAUUGUGAAGCUUUGUUAAGUUGAUAAACCAGAUAAGCUGGUUCAGAUACUGAAAGUAUUACUCAUAGAUAGCCAGACAGUGAUGUCAUGAGGAUUCUAUGUCACGAGACAGUCAGAACUGGUUUAAACAAUGUUUACACAAUCGUCAUCUUCAUAUCAAAUGUCUUCUUGUGUUCACACAUCACAAAAAUGCUGUUUGUUGGAAACCAGUUUUUUAUCUGAAGCAACAGCUCUCUAGGCAUAAAGUUAACAUGAGAUUAUUUGUUUAGUAAAUCUGGCUUUCACUAAAUAUAGGUAACUGAAUGAAUAAUGAUUGAAGCAAGUUUUACAUAACAUUUUACAUAGCAUAAAAUGUUGCCGAACAUUACACAAAUAUCUUAUGCAUAAUACAUGAUAUAGUUCAGUCUGUUUUGUAUGUUUUAAUGUGUAAUUUUUACAUUUGUACUACACCCCUGCUACACUCUAGCCAAUUUAAGGCAUACAUUUCAUAGAUUGCAGCUAUGCAAUAAUUUAUGUGUUUCACAUUGUAAAAAUUUGUGUUUAGAUUUAGCCUAUUUGUGCAAAAAUCGGAUUUUUGAAUUUGGUAAUUGAUAGUCAGUAUGAAACAUCCCGUCCUUUUAGGUUUGAUUUGACAUUUUAAGGCAUUUCAAUAAAGAAUUAUUAUUAUUAUAAUGUGUUACUAUUUAUAGUAUUUUUACUGUCUUUUGAUUAUUAUUUUUCCACAUUAUAGUUUAGUGCUUGCAUAAGACAUAUUCAGCGGUUAUUACCACAGUACUGAAUCUCACAUUAGUGUAAUGAAUUUCAAGAACUUCUUGAAUUUGAUCUGCCUGAGAAAAAGAAGCGUGAAAAGGAAGCCCUUCACUUUGUGAAGGAAAAAAAAAUCAUCAAAAUAUAAAUAAUUAACAUUUUGGGAUUUCCAGUACUUUUUUCUUUUGUUGAUGUAAAUUUUGAUGCCUCUGAAUUUAAACAUCUAUUGUGUCACUUUAUUCUAACAAAAAAUAAAAAAAUAACAAAAAGUGUCAUCCACAACAAUGUUUAAUACAUACAGUAUAUUUUUUUUUGUGGAAAAAAUAAAAUGGUGGAAAAAUACAAGACUGACAUGGCAAUAAUAAUAAAAAUUGUAAUAUUAACUUUGCAUUUUACAUUAACAAAUGUAACUCUCAGUGUGCAUCAAACAAUAAAAGGCUGUAAAACAUGCAGUAGGUUGAUCAGGAUUAUUUAAGACUAUUAACACACAUGCAAUAAUGAAUUUGAGACA